AUGGGGUCCUCGAUAAAUAGUCCCCAAACGCACAAGUCCCGGGCAGAAGCUCAAGUGGUUGUUGCACAAAGCAGAUUGCGCUCCCGUAACAGUGGCAUGAGGGCAAUUCCCACAGACGGGGCUCUCAACCUCGCUCGCCCGAAAACUUCAGCCUCUGUCACUUGUGCAAGGAGAGAGAGCCAGGGCUGGGGGGCUACCGGCUACCUGCUCAAUUGUACCUGGAGCAAAGCAAAUUACAGAAGACAAGGCGAGCGCCGCUUAAAAUCUAGGAAGCUCUGCAGAUGCUGCUCCGUUCAGAGACAGAGCUCGUAUACUCAGAAUUCGCUCUGCGGAACACAGAAAUUGGUUAUUCAGAUGAAGGACGUUUCGUGGGCUGCGCACACGGCCGUGCCCUUCCCACGGGCGAGGGACGAGCGCACGGAGGGGAACCGCCUCGGCGCGGCCACGGGGCGAGCGCGGGAGGAAAGACAGUGCACGGCCGGCGUUCAAGGGGCUCCGUCGAGCCCGAGCGUGUACGCACCCACAGGCGUGCAGGCGCACAUGUAUGUGAUAUGUGCCUGUGUGCAUCGUCAGCUGCGAGAGCUGCUGCCGGUGCGGGUGGGAAGGGGUGUGCGGCUCCCCUUCCGACGGCGGGGGAGGCCCGGACCCAUCAGCUCCCCCCCGUACGGCAGCCCUGCCUACCCCUACCAGCUCAACGACCCCGCGUACAGGAAAAACGCCACCCGCGACGCCACGGCCACGCUCAAGGCCUGGCUGCAGGAGCACCGCAAGAACCCCUACCCCACCAAGGGCGAGAAGAUCAUGCUGGCCAUCAUCACCAAGAUGACCCUCACCCAGGUCUCCACCUGGUUCGCCAACGCCCGCCGGCGCCUCAAGAAGGAGAACAAGAUGACCUGGGCCCCGCGGAACAAGAGCGAGGACGAGGACGACGACGAAGGCGACGGGGCGAGGAGUAAAGAGGAAAGCCCGGGGAAGAUGCCUGAGAGCAACGAAACCUCCGCCGAGGACGAAGACGCCGACGCCGCCCGCAGCGCCAGCAAGGCCUCGCCCGGCCCCCCGACGCCCGCCACCAAGCCCAAGCUCUGGUCGCUGGCCGAAAUCGCCACCUCGGACCUUAAAAGCCAGCACCUGGGCCCCAGCUGCCAGCCCCCGGCUCUGUCGUCGGCCACCUCCGCCUCCACCCCGCACAGCGCUGCCUACUCGCCCUCCUCCCUCCUGGGGAGACAUAUUUAUUACACCUCACCUUUUUAUAGCAAUUAUACAAACUAUGGGAACUUUAACGCUCUCCAGAGCCAGGGAAUCCUGAGAUACAACUCCGCAGCAGUGGCUUCAAACGAGGGACUAAGUCAGACUGUCCUAAAUGCCAGCUCUGUUCACAAGCAGAGCAGUGACUCUUUGAAAACCAUCACUAACCAGCUAGAACAACAUUACAGGCCCUCUAGCUAUGACUCUAAGAAAGAUCCCACUGAAGUCUGCACAGUAGGAGUACAACCGUACCUAUAGAAGUGCAAUCACACAGCAAUGCAAGUAGGUGUCACAAUUGCUUUGAAAAAAGUCAGCAAGCCAUCAUCUCUCCCCGAGCUAAGAUAUAUAACAAAUCUCUAAAUCCGGAUCACAUCUUGUGCCACUGUAUAAAAGAAGACCACAGAGCACUACUAAAUCUUCAGACUCUAAUUAUUAAACCAGAAUUUUGUUGGACAUACGUGAGUUUGCUGGUAUAGUAUAGUUUCCCCAAUGUAUGUGUGACUUUUGAAAACAGAUCUGUUUUUCUCAGGAUAUCUUGAAUUGAUCAC